AUGACCAUUCCUACAAUGCAGACUAGACCCCUGUACUACAGGGUCAACAUAGGGGUCCCGGUCUUCCAACACUUUUUUGCUGCUGCUGACACCAGGGAGGACUUCAGGCUGAGCAGAGAGUCCCUGGCAGUGCUGCUGGACCCCCUGAAACAGGAGCGGAGGCAUGGGUGGGGCGCCACAAUAAAGACUCUGGCGUUGGUUUUCUGGCUAGCCAGUGGGGCAUCACACAGGGUAGUCUCAAGGGUGUUUGGGAUGACCCGCUCCACUGUCCACCGAGUCACAGAGAAGGUGGACCAUCUACCCUCCUCUAGGGCACGUCAUCCUUACAGACUGCAGGUAUUCUUGCCUCCAGCACCCACUCCCCCUCAUCACCUCCUACAAGCAGCUGGUGUGAGGUGUGGCAGCCCAGCGCUUCAAUGGGCAUCAAGCCACGCCUGUUACUGA